AGGGAAUCACCGCAUCCAAUCUACCGGCACAAUAGUAUAACUGGGUCCUCGCCGCGUCAGCAUCAUCGUUAAAGCAAAAAAAGACGACGAGGAGAAGAUAAAUUCACAGACCACAGACCACAGACCGUCCCUCCAUUAAUGGCUUUAAUACUCACCCACCUCUCUCCAUCACCACCAAUCCCGUCGCUCCACCUCUCACCCCUUUCUUCCCGCCUUAAUAACCUUGCAAUGAUCUGUUCCCCCAACUCUCAAAGAACAGCAAGAACUACGCUUCUCCCACCGUUGAUGUUACCCAAGAACCGUAAUUACCUAAUUAGGUCACAGCUGAGGUAUCCUAUCAUCUCUCCUGACGACCACUGGGGCACGUGGACUGCUCUCUUUGCCACCGGUGCUUUUGGUCUCUGGUCUGAGAAGACCAAGAUUGGGAGCAUGGUGAGUGCUGCCCUGGUGAGCACUUUGGUUGGCCUUGCAGCAAGUAAUAUAGGCAUUAUUCCUUAUGAAGCGCCGGCGUAUUCAAUUGUCUUGGAGUUUAUGCUUCCCUUAACUGUUCCAUUGCUGUUGUUUAGAGCAGACCUGCGCAGCGUGAUACGGUCCACUGGGACAUUGCUUUUGGCUUUCUUGCUUGGGUCAGUUGCAACUAUAGUUGGCACUGUUGUGGCAUUUCUGGUGGUGCCUAUGCGAUCACUUGGACAAGAUAAUUGGAAGAUAGCCGCUGCUCUCAUGGGUAGUUAUAUUGGUGGAUCUGUUAAUUACAUCGCGAUUUCAGAGGCUCUGGGCGUUUCUCCAUCAGUUUUGGCAGCAGGAGUAGCUGCAGAUAAUGUCAUUUGUGCUUUCUAUUUUAUGUCAUUGUUUGCGUUGGCUUCUAAAAUACCUCCCGAGGCUUCAACAUCAAUUAAUGAUGUUGCUAUGGAUAUGGACUCCGAUUCUGGAGGCAAGCUCCCUGUCCUACAGGCUGCAACAGCUAUUGCUACAUCCUUUUUUAUAUGCAAGACUUCUACUUAUCUCACCAGCAUACACGGAAUUCAAGGAGGCAAUCUUCCAGCAAUAACUGCCACUGUUGUCAUCUUAGCAACUCUUUUCCCAACACAAUUUGGUUACCUUGCUCCUGCUGGUGAUACUAUUGCCCUGGUUUUGAUGCAGGUAUUUUUUGCUGUGGUGGGUGCUAGCGGGAGCAUAUGGAAUGUCAUCAAUACAGCGCCUAGUAUUUUCAUGUUUGCUCUGGUUCAAGUCAGCGUUCAUCUAGCUGUUAUCCUUGGACUUGGAAAGCUUUUUCGCUUGGACUUGAAGCUGUUACUUUUGGCAUCAAAUGCCAAUAUUGGAGGCCCUACAACAGCAUGUGGGAUGGCCACAGCCAAGGGAUGGGGUUCAUUGGUCGUUCCUGCAAUUCUCGCAGGCAUUUUUGGAAUUGCGAUUGCAACUUUUCUUGGGAUUGGUUUUGGAUUGACAGUCCUCAAACACAUGUAGACCACUUCCGAAUAUCACAAUUAAUUGUACUAUUUGUUGUUCA